AUGGCGGCCCCAAAGAUGACCAAGAACCAGAUGCGGAGGGCAAAGAAGAAGGAACAGAAGAAGGCGCAAGCAGAGGCUGCCGCUACCAAGACCGAAGAGCCCACCGAUGACUCCAAGCCGGAAGAGGAUGAAUCCACCACCGAAUCCGCGUCAGAUCUCCAAGUCAAGGACAAACCCGAGUCCGAAGCCGCCCCUGUCGAUGCUCUGAUUCUUGACGAUAGUCUGGAGGAGGACCCGGUCUUUGCGAUGUACAAGGACAUUUUCAGCAAGUUCGGCGCGUCUAUGGACGAAGAUGAGGUUGCCAAGGAGGCCAAUGCUGGAAACCAAGGGACCGUGUUUUUCGACGACGACGACGAUAUCCCCGACGAAGACGAGGAGUCCGCCCAGCCCAAGAUGUCCAAGAAGAAGAGGAAGCAGCUCAACAAGCUCUCUAUCGCCGAGCUCAAGGCCUUGGUCAAGAUCCCCGAGGUGGUGGAGUGGCAAGAUGUUUCCUCAUCGGAUCCCCGCCUGCUCGUCCAGAUCAAGGCUCAGCGAAACGUGGUACCGGUCCCAACCCACUGGUCCCUGAAGCGAGAAUACCUCUCCUCCAAGAGGGGUAUCGAGAAGCCGCCCUUCCGUCUCCCUACCUUCAUUGCCGAGACCGGAAUCACCGAGAUGCGCGACGCUGUCCUCGAGAAGCAAGCCGAGCAGUCGUUGAAGCAGAAGCAGCGCGAACGUGUCGCCCCCAAGAUGGGGAAGCUCGACAUUGACUACCAGAAGCUCUACGACGCCUUCUUCCGCUUCCAGACCAAGCCUGAGUUGACGCGAUUUGGUGAGGUGUACUACGAGGGCAAGGAGACGGAGGUCGAUUAUCAACAUUUCCGCCCUGGUGACCUGAGUGAAAACACAAAGGAAGCCCUGGGAAUGCCUCCUGGCGCGCCACCACCCUGGCUUAUCAACCAACAAAGAUUUGGCCCUCCUCCUUCCUAUCCUACGCUAAAAAUCCCCGGUCUGAAUGCGCCACCACCCUCAGGAGGUUCAUGGGGCUUCCACCCCGGCGGCUGGGGCAAACCACCAGUUGACGAGUUCAACCGCCCCCUGUUCGGUGGUGACGUGUUUGGCCUCACUGGUCAGAGCGGCGGACAGGGCCAGUCAGGGGCUCAAGCAGCUGCUGCUGCCGGUGAGCCUGUUGAGCGCACCCUCUGGGGUGAGCUACAACCCCGUGAAGAAGAGUCCGAGGAAGAGGAGGAGUCAGACGAAGAAGAGGAGGAAGAGGAAGAGGAGGACACAGCAGGUGGCUUGGAGACACCGAGUGGCCUUGAGACUCCUGGUGGUUAUGCCAGCACAGUACAGCCUGACUACGGCCAAGGAGUUGAGACAUCUAUUGCCGGAGAAAUGGAUCUCCGUAAGGAGCGCCGCGGUUACGACACAGAGGAGUCGAGCACGCCCCGGUCAGCCUACACCAUUCUGCCCGAGCGCCAAGUCCGCGCUGAAGGCUUCUUCGGUAGUGACCGUGUCUAUGACCUCAAGCAGGCGCAACGAUCUGGCAUGCCGGUUCUGGGUGCUGAUGACGACUCCCGCAAACGCAAGAAGCCUGGUGACAUCGACGUGGCUCUCGACGUGGACUCACUACACCAGAAUGACGGCAUCAGCAAGGAUGACCUGCGGCGCAAGUUCGACGAGGGCAAGAAGGAGGAGGGUAUCGGUGCCAAGUGGGCGUACGACGAUGACUUGAGCGAGAUGAUCGCCCAAGAGAGUCGCAAGAGGCAGAAGACGGAGGCGGAGCGGAACGAGAAGAGAAGGGAAGGCAGGAGAUAUUAA